UACGUGUCUGAAAGGACGUGGAUAAUAAUAAUUGACUUUGAAUUCUGGAAGAUGGUAAUGUUACACACCACCUCUUCAGGAUCUCGAAUCCCCGCCAGGUAUAAAAGUCACCUUCGUCAUGAUCUCGUGUUUAGUUUCGGAAAGUAACAGUCAUCGUCUCUUUCAAAAUGAAGAUUUACAUCGUAGUGGCGAUUACGUUCCUCGCGGGAUUGACGGCCGCUUUACCACAAUUGAAGGAAGGUCAAAUGUUUAGCAAUGAGGCAAUUCGACAAGCUCAGGAAACUUAUUUAAUUCCAAAGGAUGCUGCGAUUCAAAAUGUCCAAGAGAGUCAUGAAUUGCGUGCCUAUGAAUCGAUUCCCGGCAAUCAAAGGAUCAAUUUAUUUGAAAUUUUGGGCGAUCAAGUGCCACCCGAGGUUGUCAAUAAUCUCCAAAGUCAAAUUGAUCAAAUUGGAAAGAACAAAUAAUUAUUUAUUCUCUCCGUCGUAAAUUUAAAUCGUUACUAUCAAAUUUUUUUUUUUUUAAUUGUUGUAUACGUGUUUUUUUACAUGACGUUAUAUUUUAAGUGAGAUGUAUAUAAAUUUGUUUUUUUUAUACUUUUUUAAAAAAUAAAAACAAUAAUGACAAACAAUACAA